GACGCACUGCGCAGCUCGGGCAGUGAUGGGAUGGGACAGAUCUCUCUGGAGUUCUAUCAGAAGAAGAAAUCUCGUUGGCCUUUCUCAGAUGAGUGUAUCCCCUGGGAACUAUGGACCAUCAAAGUGAACGUGGUGAAUUUGGCCAACGAACAAGAACGACAGAUCUGCCGGGAGAAAGUGGGUGAGAAGCUUUGUGAGAAGAUAAUCAACAUCGUGGAGGUGAUGAAUCGUCACGAGUACCUGCCCAAGAUGCCCACCCAGUCAGAGGUGGACAAUGUCUUUGACACCAGCUUGAAGGAUGUGCAACCUUACCUGUACAAGAUCUCCUACCAGAUCACAGACACCCUGGGCACCUCGGUCACCACCACCAUGCGCCGGCUCAUCAAGGACACGCUGGCUCUGUAG